GUCAUUAGCUAUAAUCCUAGAUAGAUCAUUUUUUUUCUUAGAAGUACAGAAGAAGUUGGGUUAUGAUUCAAGUCACAUUGUUAAUAGUAAAAGAUGAAGCUAUUGCAGUUGUAAUCAGAAUUUUGAAGGGGGCAGCAGUUUUUAAUCAUCAAAAGCACUAACUUUAAAGGAAACAAAGAUAUUAGAGGUGGAAGGAAGUCCUCCAUAAACAGGCUAGCUUGCACUGAUUCACUGUGUCACAUUAGGCAAAAAUAGAUCUUUGUAUGUUGUCCUAAUAGAAAAUAACUGAUGACUGCUAGAAUUUUGAACGCUAUGGUUGUGUAAGCAAGCUGCACUAAUGGGCCUGAAUUACUCUAUUGGAUGAUUACCUCUCCUCCCCCAGUUCUCAAAGCAGAAUGGAUGGCAGUUUCAGAUUGAAUAUAUAUUUUCCAUCUGCUGAAUAGUUGUUUUUGUUCAUGCUGUUUGAGGUUAACUAUGCACGUACUAAUCAAACCCACUACUUCCUUUCUCGUAAAACCAAAAUAAAGCUUCAUAUUACUUUCAGGUACAGUAUCUGGGAUUACAGAUAUAUAAAUACACACUGACGCUGUGUGGGUUCAAACAUUUCGAAGAUUCAGUAUCCUGAAAGGCUUUACUUUUAUUCCAGUCCUGAGAGUUCCAGUUUGUCUGGAGGCAUCAGAUAUUUUCAGCUCCUUCAGCAUCUGUCCCAGCGCAGGAAUGCUUUCAGCAUGGGUCACCGUGAGCUUUCUCUGCGCAGCCACUGCCACUGCCGAAGUAAUGGAAGUGACUCAGCCAGCAAUAGUACUGGCCAACAGGCAAGGAGUUGCCAGCUUGGUGUGUAACUACAAGCACAUUGGGAAUGCAAAGGAAAUUCGAGUGACUUUGCUCAAACAGACAGGUGACAAGUUCACUGAAAUCUGCGCUUCGACCUACACGAUGGAAUUUAAAAUGUUCAGUGUGGAAGAAGUUAUUCAGUGCCAUGUUAGCCCAGGCCGAAACAAUGUGACCCUUACCCUCACGGGCCUGCAAGCAAAUGAUACUGGUCUUUAUGUCUGCAAGAUGGAGCGGAUGUACCCUCCACCAUACUUCAUGAACAAGGGAAACGGGACACAACUCUACGUCAUUGAUCCAGAACCUUGUCCAGACACUGCCAUAUAUCUCUGGGUAUUAGGAGCUACUGCCUCAGGAUUCUUUCUUUACAGCAUCAUCAUCUCAGCCAUUGUCGUGGGCAAAGCGAUCCAGAGAAGACGACGUCUCACUACUGGGGUAUAUGUGAAAAUGCCUUCUGAAAAGCUAGAGAAAAAAGUGAUUCCAUUUCACAUCACUGUUAACUGAAACAAGGAGAUGGAGAGCCUGUUUCCUAGUGGAAUGGAGAAUCUGCUAAUUGCCUGAAGUCAAAGUAAUAAAAUGUAUUGUCUUAUUACAAAGGUGUACUGAAAAGAGAGAAAAUAUUUCUAACUUCUGUAGUUUGGAGGAGAAUAAAUAGUUUAUGCAUUAAUAUUUCAAGGUUAACCCUGUCACGUAUAAAUGGCUGUGUUAGGCCAUUGAUUUUUUGAGUUGUAUUGUACCAAUAUGUAGUCUAUAUAAAUAUACAUAUAUAUGUAUAGCAUUAAGAGAUAUUGCUGUUGCAGUUGAACAUCUUAUUGUCACACUGUGCCGUGUCUACUGAUCAACUGAAAUCCAAACACUAUUACUGCAGAGGCUUUUGUAUCAUUGCAAAGUUAAUCCUACAGGUCUGAGGGGAAGAGGCAGAAGGGUACACUAAUGUACAAAGCAAUGCUGUCUUGUCUCCAUGCAGUGCUAUUUAUUGGUUCAAUUUCUUGUAUUAGUGCUCUGUGCUUCCACAAAGGCAUCACUGUAGGCUGGCACUGAUGAUACUGCUGCUCUGAAAGCCUGAUCUCAGCCUUUCUCUGGCACUGUGUCUCAGCAGUGCAGUACUGGAAUUAACACUGAUGAUAUCUGAGGCAGUGCUGACAGCACGGUUGGAGAGAAAGUCUGUCCAGCAGGAGACCUCUGGGGCUGUUGCUGUGAGGAUAUUCCAGCUCUGCUGGAGCCUUGAGUUUUACAAAUGCUAAAUUAGCAUCUAUCCAAGAGCCAGAAAUAUGUUAUGUGUUUAACUGAGUCUAUUUUCCAUGAAAAUACAGACACUGUAUAAUCUUGUUUAUUAGUUAUGUACCAUUCAAUAAAAAUCUUGAAGCUUUGCCCAAAUCAAGUUCAUUUCUUAUUCACCAUUCUCAGAAGCAACAGGAAGUGGCUACAUGUUAGAAAGCAGUGAUGACAAGCUGAACCUUUCCCCUCUGACCCUAUGUUUUGCCCUUCUGAGGAAGCUGGUGUGCUUAUGGCAACACUUAGCUUUCUCAGCUCUCCUCCUCAGAUGUCACCAUUAAAAUCCGCCAAGUCUUCAGUUUGUCUAGUUAGAGCUGAUAUGCUGUGAUUGAGAGAUGCUACCAAACACCUAUACACUUACAGCAAAGUUACUUGCUUUCAGAAGGUAACAGUU